UUACCGGUCAUUGUAUUAUCAACUGACAAAAAAUCAACCUCCGACCCAUUAUUUUGGUUACGUGACGUUUUCGACCUUCAGUUUGACCGUAUUAUCUGUAGUCUGGAGUGCGCAUCCCCUAUCGUAAACGAGUUUACUAACAUUAUAUAUUUGUCAAACUGGAGUGGUCGAGAUGCGAAAGGUAUUGCUUUAUGCGGUGUUAAUUCUUUAUUUGAUAAUGACUUUGACUUUAAUUGCAAGGGAAAAACAUUCAAGAACGUGUCCCUUACAGCCUAUUAUCCCGACUACAUAGAUGCAGACAGAGAGCUUGGAUAUCAAGAUAAGAAGGGAAGAAAACUAAAAACUUUACAGGAUUACCUGGAUGACCGAUCUACCUUUGUCACCUUAAGUAUGGAUGAUAGACUAGGCAUUCCCUAUGGAGCUAAAGUUUGUAUUCCAGAACUAAACAAACAUUUUGGACAUAGGAUAAGACUAGAAGUAAGGGAUACUUCCUAUGAUUUACUAGGACAAGGGUAUUCUAGAGCAGAUAUUUGCGUUCGAACGGAAAUUGAUAGUUAUGAUAUUAGUGUUAAUAAACAAGUAACUUUAGUAUUUGUUUAACUCCAUUAUUAAGUAAUAAAUCAUAUUAUCAACA